AAUAAUCCCUCGCAUUAAUCCCUCCUCCACAGUCCAAGGCAGGGGCCCGGACUCGCCUAGAUCGAUCUUACACUUUUCUCCGUCUUGUAUAGCGAACUGAGUACAUAAUCGCGUUAUCAAACCAUCAUGGCCGCCUCCUCAUCGAAGCCAUCGAGCUUCCUGCUCUAUUCCUGCAUCGCCCACCGCACAACCAUUCUUGCCGAACACUCCUCCCCAGGCACAUCCUCGACCGCCGCCUCGUCCCUGGCCUCUAUCAUCCUCCCAAAAAUCAGUCACGACCAACCGCAAAAGCUCACCUACACCCACGAGCGUCUCUUCGUGCACUACAUCGCCGACUCGCCCACAACACCCAGCACCUCCGACGACCCCCGCCAGGGCGAACCCAACUCCUAUGCGCCCCUCAGCUACAUCGUCGUCGCAACCGCCGAACAAGGCCGCCGCAUUCCCUUCGCCUUCCUCCUCGAAAUCAAGCGCAAGUUCCUCUCUACUUACUCACCCUCCAGCACGGACUUCUCUGCUCUCCCGGCUUACGGCUGCGCCGCGUUCAACAAUGAGCUCCGCUCGCUGCUGCAAACGUACAAUACGGCCCCGCCGGCGGAUUCGCUGGCCUCGGCAAGACGGGAAAUCGAUAGCGUGCGGAACAUCAUGACGGAGAAUAUUGAGAGAGUGUUGGAGAGGGGAGAGCGGAUUGAUCUCCUGGUGGAUAAGACGGAUCGCUUGGGUGGGAGUGCGCAUGAUUUUCGCAUUAGGAGUCGUGGCUUGAGGAGACGUAUGUGGUGGAAGAAUAUCAAGUUGAUGGUUUUGUUGGCUGUUGUGGUUGUGUUCUUGGUGUAUUUGUUUGUGGGGAUGGGGUGCGGGUUGCCCGCUUGGGGGAGGUGUGUUGGGCAGAGUCAGUAAGUGGUGGUGGAAAUAUGGUUUGAUGCGAUGCGAUGGUGUAUCUUAUUCUUGUCUUCGUGGUGAUUAUGAGGUGGAGGAACGGCUUACGAUUGUCUGGUUUUCGGCCAAUUGAGCGGGACAUAUGCCUUUCUGUUUGUUUGUAUGAUAUGAUGACUGCGGCUGGUAUUCAUACUUUUAGGUAUCUAUAUUUACUCCUGGGGUAUCCCAAUGUGAUAACGUCUAGCGUGUCUUUCGAUUGAGUGGUAUGAUGUUGGUACUGGAUAAGUACCUGUAGUCUUACUUAAGAAGACUAUAUCCACUUGGAAACACAUUCAAAGUUGUACACACCGGAGUAAAUGAAUCUAUCAGUCAACACUUAGUAGCAAGUGCUACUCAACUGGCUCCCUUAAUAUCACCGCUGAAAUCCAUCCAACCAUCAAGACACUCACACCACAUCUCUUACGCGACCUACCAAGCUCACAGCAGUACCAGACAACGACCACAUCACUGACUCAACAAUGGACAAAACUCAAUCAAAAAU